AUAAAGCUGGCCUCUUUCUGUAGAGAUGGUUCUUGAGCGAUGAUGAGUGACUCUCAGCGAUCACUUUCUGUGCGAUUGAGCCGCCGGGGAGAGAGAAUCAAUCAUAACUCACAACAAUCUAAAGAUGCUGAGGCUGGCUUCUUCUCUCCCACCAGAUUGCAUACUGAUUACACUUUGAAAAAGAUUUGGAAGGCCGGCUUCCUUCGCUUGCUUCUUGUCGGUGGAAUUCUCUGGAUGCUACUCAUUCUCUUUGCCCUCUUGUUUCAUGUUUGGUCCUGUCAAUCUUCCCUUUCUUUCUUCUCAGCUAUAUGCAACAAAGAAGGCAGACUCUAUGUCAUGUUGGACACUAUUGGAUUUGUACCUAAACCCCAGCACCGAUGCCCCAUUCCAGUAGCCUAUGAUCCUGAUAAGGUGCUCCUUCCAAGUGAAAAAACCGCAGAUACAAUUGUCAGAAAUUUGACCUACGUGACAGAGGAUGAAUCCUCUAAGUCUCAGUUUCCUCUUUUUGGCGGAAACAUAAGCUGGUCGGAACGAGAUGAAAGCUUCAAACUGAAACCUGAGAUGAAGGUCCAUUGCGGAUUCAUGCCACGUGGUGGGGCAGAGAUGUCAUCUCUGGAUAAAGAAUACGUAAAGAAAUGUAAAUUUGUUGUUGCAACCGGGAUUUUUGAUGCAUAUGAUGAACCCCACCAGCCAUCAAACAUAAGCAAGCGUUCUGAGAAGCUCUUCUGUUUCCUUAUGGUGGUAGAUGAGGUCUCUCUCGAUUUCUUAAGAAAAAAUACUACUGUGAGGAAAGACGUUGAAGGAGGCAAAUGGGUUGGCAUUUGGCGUCUGAUUCUACUGAAAACUCCUCCAUAUGAUGAGCCUAGGAGGAAUGGUAAAGUCCCGAAAAUCUUAACUCACAGGUUAUUCCCUGAAGCACAGUACAGCAUUUGGAUUGAUGGGAAAAUGGAGCUUAUUGUUGAUCCCUUGCUUAUUCUAGAAAGGUAUUUGUGGCGUGGGAAACAUACUUUUGCCAUUGCCCAACACAAACACCACCGAAACAUAUAUGAGGAAGCUGAUGCGUGCAAGAGGAGAAAGCGAUACGCCCGACCUCUGGUUGAUCUUCAUAUGAAAAUAUAUCGAUACGAGGGCUUGGAACCAUGGAGCAUCAAGAAGAACACUGUUAGUGAUGUUCCAGAGGGAGCGGUGAUAAUAAGAGAGCACACUGCAAUGAACAAUCUGUUCAGCUGCCUGUGGUUCAAUGAGGUACACCUGUUAACACCGAGGGACCAGCUAAGCUUUGGGUAUGUAGUGGACAGACUAAAAGGAGCCUUCAAGGUGUUCAUGUUCCAGAACUGUGAGUACAAUUCUCUCUUCGAACUGCACCCUCACAUUCGAGAGCAUUCCUCGAAGAUCGAGUGGGUCAAAAGCCUUCAGGAACUUAAAGGGAAAGGAGAGAGUUUGAAGGAAAGUCGAGGCGGCUUUGGGCUCUGGACUCCUUACCCUGGGGACCUUGAUUCCGUUGAGCUGCCAAAAGUAGUAAGAACUUCUAAAGCUGGUUGAGACAGUAAACAUUAUACACUAGU